AAUAAUGCUAAGACGAAUAAUGUGAAAAUUGCAUAGAGGAAUGAUAUAUUCAUCAGGUUACAAAAGAUGAACAUCUUCGUUUCAAAAAACAAAAAAUUGAACAUGAGUUGGAAUGAAGGGAACAUUCCAAGUGCAUCCAUCAAAACUUACGCUGAACAACAGAGCAUGUGACGUGCUCGAGUUGGGCAAUCUGUUGUACUCCAGCAGGUACUUGAUUCCCAUGGCAUGAUGGGCCAAGAGGAAAUCACCUCGGGGACUGGGGAGUCUUAUGCUGGUAGCUAGUCCAUUCAUGAAAGUAAUCCUAUGUGGUACGAGUGUCAGUGGAGAAGAGAACCAUGUUGGCCCUUUGCAGAGGCUGGUACAGGUAGGAAAUGCUUUACUCCCCUCCCUGUACUACCUGUGGCGAAGAGAGCCAUGCUGCGAGUUGUGUUGGAUGGGGUGGUACAGUUGUUAGCUUCCCGAUUCUCUGAUUCUCUGAAAGAAGUAUUUUUUGUUAAAAGUAAUUCUUUUUGAUUCUCUAGUAUAAACUCUUAAAAUCAAGAUGGAGAAUCACUUCACAAAAUCAAAGAAGCUACUUUUCAGCUCCCAACAUCUUAGUUCGUUUCAGAUAAUCACUUCACGGAAUCAACAGAUAAUAUUUCUUUCUAAAAAAACUGUUUUGACAGAACUCUGGCUGGAUUCAGAGAAUCAGUAGGUCUGCCAAACUUACCCCUUAGUCCUGAUCAAACCAAAUUCCGCAGCCCAGUUAAACUUUGUGCUCCAGUAAAGCCCAAUCACGAGGCCCAAAAAGCUUCCUUGUAGCAACCGUGGUGGCCCCAUCUCCUCCGCCGCUCGCCGGUGCUCGCGAUGGCUUCCUCGGCCGCCGCCGCCGCCGCUCGCCGCCUCCUACUCCUCCGCCACCGCCACGGCCACCUGCUCCCCAAACGCCACCUCUCUUCCUCGUCCGCAGCCGACAGCCUUGACGAUGGCGGCGGAGGCGGCGGCCGCGUCAAGAUCUUCGACCGCGACCUGAAGCGCCGGCACCGGGACCGCGCGGCGUGGGCGAUGCGGGAGGCCGACGGGUUCGUGGACGCCGUCGCGGAUAACCUCCUCGACCGCCUCGAGGACUGCAGGAAGGCGUUCCCCUCCGCGCUCUGCCUCGGGGGUUCUGCCGGUGCCGUCCGCCGCUUGCUCCGCGGUCGCGGUGGAAUCGAGAAGCUGAUCAUGAUGGACAUGUCAGCCGACAUGGUGAGGAAGUGGCGAGAGUCAGAGAAUGCUACCGACGACGGACCGGAGACGCACUUUGUUGUUUGUGACGAGGAGUUCCUUCCGAUCAAAGAAAGCUCACAGGAUUUGAUAAUAAGCUGUCUUGGACUUCAUUGGACAAAUGAUCUUCCUGGAGCAAUGAUACAGUGUAGGCUGGCAUUGAAACCUGAUGGCCUUUUUCUUGCUGCAAUUCUUGGUGGAGAAACACUGAAGGAGCUUAGAAUUGCAUGCACAGUUGCACAAAUGGAACGAGAGGGGGGCAUCAGUCCUCGAAUGUCACCUUUAGCACAAGUCCGUGAUGCAGGAAACCUUUUGACAAGGGCAGGCUUCACCCUUCCAGGAGUUGAUGUUGAUUCCUAUACUGUCAAAUACAACAGUGCUUUGGAACUUGUUGAACAUCUGAGAGCAAUGGGGGAAACAAAUGCUCUGUUUCAAAGAAAUCCUGUGUUAAAAAGGGAUACAGCCUUGGCGACUGCAGCAAUUUACCAGUCAAUGUUUGGGUUAGAGGACGGAUCUAUUCCAGCAACCUUUCAAGUAAUUUACAUGACUGGCUGGAGGGAGCAUCCAUCACAGCAAAAGGCUAAGAGAAGGGGUUCCGCGACCAUAUCAUUCAGUGACAUACAGAAACAAUUUAGUCCCAGUGAGAACUGAGCUUUGCUGCUUCAAGAUGUGUUCCCUAACCCCUUGAUCUAAAAUAAAAAACAACAACACAUGAGGAAAGAAAAGAAAUCCUCCAACAGUUCCACCCCAAAGCUUCAUAUUUUUGAGGGUUCACAUUUGCGGAAAGCAGGUGCGCUUCCGUUGGUUGUGUCAAUGUGAUGUGGGAAUCCGCUUAAUCUGUAUUGGCCAUGAUUCUGCUGUGAAUAGUCAGCGCAUGUACAACCGAUGCUGCCUGUUGUAUGAAAGGUUGAUACUGAGUUUGAUGGAAUCCAGAACUUGAACUUCGUCUGUUGUGUUGUGUUAUUCCAUCUGCCAUGUCCAUGGCCUAGCUUGCUACAGUGUUACAGGACAUGACCACUACUGUUGUGAUAUAUCUGUGUACCAACAAAAAGAACGUGCUCAAGUUUCCUUUUGCAUAUUUGGCAGUACCAACCGGCUUGUGCUGGGUUGUUUU